UACAACAAAAAUACGUUAUUUCGUAUAGUUGAGUAGUUAUGAGAUAUUAAUUGAAGAUAUUAGUUCAGAGCUUUAAGUAAAUAUUUAUAAACACUUGAAGAAUUAUAUACUAACAAUACUUAUGUGUUAUUGUACAAAUGGCCCACAGAAAUAACAAAAAGGAAGCUCUGCUUCUCCGUAAAGAGGAAAUAUUGAGAGAAUUGAAAUACUAUGAUAACAGAAUCGAGGAAUUAAAAAAUAAUAAAAGUAACUCCAGCUAUUACGAAGACGACAGUUCAGACUGUGACGACUUCCCGGAGUUGUCCAUGAACAGCGGUCCGUCCAUCACGGAGCUGAAGCUUCAAGCCAGCAUGCUGCGAACGUGCCUCCAUGCUACACAGGAGCUCACUAACCUUCAGAUACUGCAGUCAGAGGUGAACAUUUUGGUCGAGCCCCCAGUCGCUGACGGUGUGUCUUGUGCUGGUACCUGGCGCGAGGUGACGGUGGAGUGCCGCACGGACCUGGUGCCUUUCACCAUGAGCUUCCUGGUGCACACAGCGGACGAGACAUCUGAUCGCUUCGCCCCCACGACCUUCACCAACCUCCAGGCGGUAGCGGUCAAGCCAUCCCACGACAAGGAGCUGGCCAAGUCUGUGCUCACGAGCGCCACCACUCCCAGCGACGCUGUCCAGGUGUUCUGCAGCUACAGCAGAGCUCGCAGGUCCAGGAGACUCACACUGUCCAGGCUGGCGGAGAGAUAUUCACACAGACUACACAUGGAACCUCGGGUGGAGGGAGGCUACGUCCUGAAAUGCGGCGGAGUGCUGGAGCUGGUGUGGGAGUUACAGAACAAGUGGUCCAUCCUGGCCGACUUCCAGCACAAGAUGAAGUUUGACCUGGAGUAUAUGGGUGAAUCCUACAUCAAGAUCAUAUCAUCAGCUCACCGGCAGCUAUCGGAGCUAGCGGUUGACACAGACGAGAGGACCAGCCUGCUGGCGAAAAUCUUGGAUACAUGUCUGCAGGCGGAGGCUGAGAGGGCGAAGGACCAGGGCUCCGUCAGCGAACAGGGUGAGGUCAUGGCACCACCGAAGACCAUACCUAAGAAAAACAUGAAAGAUACGAGGAAGAGAGACAGAGAUAGAGAUAGUGGGAGCGAUGUAACUGAUGGAGUCCAUUUACAGGAUGCCGAUAAAGAAGAUAAGAAGAAAUAUAAAGAUAAAAGAAAGAUGACGGACACACAGAGCACAGAGAGAGACAAAAGAAAAGAUACGGGAAACGAAAAGAUAAAGAAAGAUAAUGGAAAAGAAAACAACAACACACAGAAGAAUAUAGAUGUAAAGAAAGCAGAGACAAAAAUACAUUUAACAAAAACGGAACAUUUGUCGGAGAGAUUCAAUAAGAAUAGAAGAAUUAACAGAAGUAAAGAAAAGAGUAGGGAAUUAACUAAGAAGAAAGACAUUAAGAGUAAAAUACCACAGAAGAGCAUACAGAAGACACAGAAGAAGAAUACGCUGACAGUGAACGCGAGAGCCCUGAGGACACCGCUGGCCGUCCCCCGGAGCAGUCCCAACACGCUGAGGACACACAUCCCAAGACUUCUCAAGCCAACCCACAAAACAGAACAUAGUGUUUAAUGAUUCACGGACAGACGCCGCCUCAAUUAUUCUUAUAUAUGUCUUGUAAUAAAUGUUACCCUUA